AUGGCUUUCAGACCGCUGUUACGGCAGCGCGCCGCUGUCCCCGCCAUGGCCGCCCUUUCGGCCGCCGCAAUCUUCGCACCAGGAACCGUGUAUGCAGAGGAGCGACCCGCGGAUCACUUUGACCGCAAACCCAUCUACGAUGACAUGCCCAUCGAUACCACAGCUCCUACUGCUCCCUCUCUAGUAGACCCAUCAAACUCGUCGUCGGCCCCAGAGUCUACCUACCGCCCAACACCGACCGACCGCCUCGCAGUCCAGAUUGGCCGCGCGCGCAUGGCUCUGUACGAGCAAGCGGUGCGCGGUGAAAAGGCCGUUGAUAACGCCCUUACCGAAACCCUCCGCCUCGAGCACUCCUUCACAAGCACCAUCCGCUCAUUAGCCCCGCCGAGAGAAUCGGGCGAGAAGGUCCUCCCUGGUGCUCUCUAUGUCCUCGUUUCCUCCAUGGCAGGUUCCAUUAUUACGCGCAACAGGAACAUUUUGCUGCGAACCUCAGUUCCAGUCGCUGUCGGCAUCACCGCCGCAAACUUUGUCCUUCCAAUCACUACCAAAAACGUUGGAGACCUCAUCUGGACCUACGAAGAGCGAUACCCCGUCCUCGCAGACACGCAUCUGCGCAUGAAGAGCAGGAUUUCGCAAUUCAUUGAGACUGGAAAGGCACACGCACAGGGAACUGUUGGUAUGGUCGAGGGCAAGCUGGCCGAUACACGGGAGAACUUGGAGGGCUGGGUCAAGAAGGGCCGGUAA